AUGGAAGUCUACACCCAAAUGCAGUGGUCGUGUAGCGAAUGUGGAACUGCUGGUCUUAGUGUCAGCGUUCAUGUAGCUUGUUCAAUAUGCUCACAUAAUCGUUGCGAGAAUUGCUACAUAUAUACCCAGCCUAGCGCCGAACGGGAUACCGAUAGCGAACGUGACCAAUAUGACCAAUAUGACCAACAGAGCCAGCAGGGCCAGCAGAGCCAGCAGAGCCAGCAGGACCAGCAAAGCCAGCAGAGCCAGCAGAGCCAGCAGGGCCAGCAGAGCCAGCAGGACCAGCAAAGCCAGCAGGACCAGCAAAGCCAGCAGAGCCAGCAGGGCCAGCAGAGCCAGCAGGACCAGCAAAGCCAGCAGGACCAGCAAAGCCAGCAGGACCAGCAAAGCCAGCAGAGCCAGCAGGGCCAGCAGAGCCAGCAGGACCAGCAAAGCCAGCAGGACCAGCAAAGCCAGCAGGACCAGCAAAGCCAGAACACUCAGAAAACCCAGACGAUCCGGACGACCCAAGAGAGUCAAUCGAAUCAACAUAGCCAACAGAAAGUGGAAUUGAAAAAAGACUCAGGCUAUGAAUCGCAAUCACGUCAUGGGGCUUUGCCAGCUUUACCGGAAGCAAAUUCAUCAGUUGAAACAACCAGCGACGUCAUGAGCGCAAAAGCGCUUCUAGGCAUAGCGCUAAUUGAGCACGCUCAGUUUCGAGAGAUCUCCGAGGAGCUCAUUAAUGAAAUCGGUAAACAACGCUUCUCGGAGAAUCUGAGGCGAUCAUUGAAGCUGUUCUACCGAAGCCUGCUUCAGGAGGCGAAGGAUGAGAGGGAAAUAGCGAUUGCUAGAUUGCUGAGGAGCAAACGAGGAAGGGCUCGAAUCAGUAACCAGAUUGCUGGUAAUCUCGGCGACAAGGAAGAGGACGAAGCACCUCGUUUUGAGGUUUCGCAGGGAAGUAUUAACAGGAUCGAGACAUGGCUCGCGACGGUGUCCAAAGGGCAACCUAGUCUCGAGGAAAGAGGAAAUUCUAGAAGUGACAAUGAUAUCUGGUCAUGCUCUGAUGACGAUGAACCUCGAAACGUUCGAGCAUUGAAGGAUAGCAUACUUGGGUCACAAUCACUUAAGCUACUUUUGAGAGACCUGCUCCUUCUAUACCUUCCGCUUGACUUGAGGGGCGUCUUUAAGUCGAUAUCUAGGAAGAAUAUACAGCUAUUAUACGUGCAGGAAAGCUCCGUUCUGGAUAAGACGAAGCUCUGGGUAGAGCAUGCUACACAGAUUCGCUGGAAUUGGUGGCCUCUUGAACAGCCGAAACGGAGUCUCAGGUCCGGCGAGUCUCGAAUACUUUGGCAGUGUACAUGCGGUGCAAAUCAGUGGCAAGAUAUAUCUGAUAAACAACGCGAGGUUACGAGAAAGAUAUUGGAUCUUUCUCCAGAUGUGCCUACUUUGGCAAGUUCCUGUGGCACCAAAAUCUCGCGCCCUUCCUUAUCAACUAGAUCUGAAUUGAUACUUCAAGCUCCUACUUUGUCUCAGGCGGCCCAAAGAUAUACUCCCAGCUCCGCUCGUGCCCAGUCAAGCACAACUCCUUCCAGCGGAACCUCGAAUGCGAACUGCGCUAUUUCAGGGAAGAAGCAAACAUCGUCAAAAGGAACCAUCCUCACAAGCCAGCAGAGCCAUGGAAGCAAGCGCGCGAGGGUGCGGGGCCCAACGGUAGCUCAUUACAUCCUUUUCGGUGCGCAAGGGCCAGCCCGAACUCUUACUCCUGCUGAAGUGCAUGUGAAUGAUCAGAGCACUGACUCAAGUGUAUUUCAUGACCUGAGAGAACGCUACGAAAUACGCCGAGGUUUCUGGAGAAUGUGGUUUUCUAUCUGGCGUUUGGAAUAUUGCCAUGUCGCAAAGUUCAAUAGGCUAUCGCUUAACCGGAUGACUUCUGAAGAGAGGGAGCUCCCUAGCGACGUAACGUAUGAAUAUGCCCCCCGUCACGGGUCCCAGGGCGCGAAGAACCCCCCAAUAUCGAUACAUAUGUUCCAGACAAUAUGGUAUGCCUGCAAGCCUAUGUGUAAGAAGCCUUCGUUCCUGCAUGAUUGUAUGGAGGCUCCCAAUGGAGUUGGGAAUAUUAAGCGUAUCCCGAAAAGGGGGCGAUCUUUCGAGAAUGAUCAAACUCCAGAGAUCUGGGGCCUUGAGGCAGUGCUCGCGGUAUCGUUUGCGUAUGUUGCCUUUUAUCACAUACUUUUUGUUGUCGGUCCAACUGUAUUUUGGGUAUGGUGGCUAGCGAACCAUCCCAAUGAUUGGCAAAAUGCUGCAGUCCCUGCCACUGCUGUUUUGGCUUGCCUGUCGCUCUUCUGGAGUGGUGCUGGAAUAUUAACUCAGAAGCCCGGUGUUUAA